AUGGUCGCGUCCGUCGCCUCUUUUCUCGCGGCCUUCUUGUCCGUGGGAGGUCUGGAGCUGGUCGCCGCCCAGCAAGCCCCGGACUCCCACGCCAUGAAGCGUCGGUUCGUCCCCAAACACAUGAAGCGAUAUAUCAACUACCAGAGAUCCGAGGAUGGAAAGCCGCUGGACGAUUUCCUGGAAAAGGCCGGCCUGGGCACCAAGACCACCGCCGCCAACCCACCGCCGCCCCCGCCCACCGAGACCACCCUCCCGGCCGUCGUCGUCACCCUGUCCAUCGACAAGGACGGCAAGACGCACACCAUCUCCGGUCCCCUGCCCGCGGGCGCCACCAUCGCCUCGGCCACCACCAAUGUGGUCACCAUCACCGGACCGGGGGCGGCCGCCGCCGCGCCCACGUCCCACAAAGACACCGUUCCGGCCCCGUCUGAGAAAGAAGCUGCCGCCAGCGAUUCCACGACGCACCACGCGCUGACGGCGAACAAGGAGGCCCCCGAUGCCCCGGCGGCCUCCUCGUCGUCCCCGGCCACCGAUUCCAAGGACAGCGGCUUUCUGGACGAUGUCAAGAGUUUCUUCGGCGUCAGCAGUUCCACUGACUCCACCGAGGCCAGCAGCACGACGUCGGAUUCCAAGCCCGCUCCCUCGUCCGAUUCCAAGGCUGCAGCCUCAUCCGACUCGAAGUCCGCUUCCUCGUCUGAUUCCAAGCACGCCCCCUCGGACGCGUCCAGUGCGUCCAUCACCCCCACCCCCGAGUCGACGGAGGGCAGUUUCCUGGACGACGUGAAGAGCUUCUUUGGCGACACCAGUUCGACGGACUCCGUCAGCGCUACCAGUUCUGCGUCCGACUCCAAAUCCGCCUCCUCGGCCGCGUCCGGUUCGUCGGUCACCCCGACCGCGUCGUCGACCGACGGGGGUCUCCUGGACGAUUUCAAGAGCUUCUUUGGCGACCCCAGCUCGACGGAUUCGCCGAGUUCCGGGACUCCUCCCGUGUUCCCACUGUCGUCGACGGCGGACGCGAGCACGACCAAGGCGUCAUCGACCUCGACCCCAGGGGCGUCGUCCUCCAAGAGCACGACCAAUCUGUUGGACGCGUUCACCGACCUGUUCAACCCUGACACGCCGGCUUCGUCGGCCACCCACGCGCCCUCGGCCAAUGCCUCGACCUCGGGCCUGUCGGCCACCCCCACCAGCGUCCCGCUGCCGUCCACCUCCUCCGGACUCUUCAACCUGCCGAGCGAGAUGAGCUCGCUGCUGGGAUGGACAUCGGGUUUGGAAUCGUCCGGUCCCCAGAGCACCCUCCCCCCCGGCGCCGCGACCUCGAGCGCUCUUUUCCCCGGUGCGUCCAGCGGGUCCACGGGAUCCGUGCCGUUUACCUUGAUCAAUCCGAGUGUUCCGACCACCACCCCCGGUGGUGCGUCCUCGACGGACGGUACAGGUGCGCAUGGAUCGACCACCGGGGGCUCGACCGCCCCUCCCACGGCCAAGCCCACGGGGAAGCCCACCAGCCCGGGGUCGCCGACGAGUGCCCCGUCCACCGCCCCGCCGACGCACCCGCCGUCGUCGACGAGCACGGAGACCCCGACCUCGACCUCCGAGACCACCUCGACCUCCACCCCGCCGCCGGAGACCACCGAAGCCCCGACGCCCACCCCCUCGAACCCCGAUGACUGGGUCGACAAUACCAUCAUCUUCGAGACCCAGACCCACGUGGUGCCAGACCCGGCGGCCACGCAGACCACCAGCGAGAGCACCAGCCAGCCGACUGCGCUCCCCGGAUCGAUCACGCCGCCGACAUUUGGCAACAUCCCGGAGAACUCGACCCUGAUCCAGCUGGGGUUCACGCGCGAGCUGUCGUACGACUUCGUGGCGACCCACACCAUGUCCUCGUCGCAGAUCUUCCGCUACAUCCCGCUGGGCCUGCAACACGCCCUGCGACUGGCGGCGGACCAGGUGGCCAUGUUCGCGAUCCAGCCGUACGGCAACGAAUCGCGCGAUGGCUACCUGACCACGCUCGCGAUGGCUUAUGUCCCCUGGGACCAGAUCGACACCCUGCGGAAGUACCUCCACAACCCCAUCUCCCCGCUCUACGAGCAGCCGUCGGAAUCCGAGAAGCGGCUGUUCUCAUUGAUCGACCCCUCCAUCCCCCUGCUGGUGAGCGGCGAACCCGCAGCCGGCGGCAGCAGCGGCGACCAGUCGGGUUCCAGCCACGGCGGCAGUGAUGGCUCCGAUGGCGAUGACUCCCAGACCGAUUCCGGGGAUGCCGGGGCGAGCUCCAGCUCCUCCACCAAGGCCAGCUCCGUGGGCAUCGGCUGUGGUGUGGUGGCAGGAGCCGCGGCCUACGGUGCGGGCAUGUUCUGGUUGGCGCGUCGCUACCGCAAGAAGCGCCAGUUGCACCAGCGCUCGAGUUCGACCGUGGACCAGCAGAGCGAGGCCCGUGGCGCGGCUGGACGUCUUUCGCCCAACAGCCAGGGUAGCCGGGGGCCGAUCAGUGCGCCGGUCAUGGCAGAGAAUUCACUGGGGUGGAACUAA